UGAGUUGAAAGAGCUUAAGAGAAAGCAUCAGAAUGCACGUAUGGACUUACAAGCCCCACCUCCCUCUGUAGAAUAUUACAGAGCUCAGUAUAUGCUCUUUCUACACUCUACAGCAGCUCGUCCUGUGGUGCAAAACCUGUGUGUAUUCUAUACAGAAGAGAACUUUUCAGAGCUUCUUCAAAGAUGGAGAUGACAGUUUAUAAAAAUAGUCCUGAAAAGACAUUUGAUGCACUACCUGGAUAUAAAGCUAUGACCGGAUCAACAUCCACCGUCAUCACCAUUGACCCAUCACAAACCCCAGUCAAGGAUCACCUUAUCUGGUCUAUCUUUAGCGUAGUAUACUUGAAUGCCUGCUGCCUAGGUCUUCUGGCUCUUUAUAAUUCCGUAAAGUCUAGAGAUCAAGUGAUUAUUGGAAAUACUGAAAAAGCACAUUUCUUCGCAACCAGAGCAAAGCGCUUCAAUAUUGCUGCUGUUAUUGUGUUCCUGAUAUUAUUUGUUACUCUGAUCAUCUUGCAAGCUACUGGACAUUUGCAUGAAUGAGAACUUCUUCAGUUGCGCUAUACCUGUGUCCAAAUGGCCUUGAUGUUUCAGAAAAUCCUUUCAAUUUUAUGAUAUUUGUACCAGAAUUAUAUGAAUAUAAAACUGCAUGCAUAAUAUUGCAUAUGCAUAUUUAUCAAAAUAUGACUCUGCAUAACAUUCAAACAAAAUAUAU